GUGCCAGAGCAGAGGGACAGGAGCACCUCCCCCACCCUGCUGCCCACACUGGGCAGCAGCCCAGGAUAUGUUGGUUUCAGGGCUGCGAGGGCACGCUGCUGGCUCACAUCCAGCUGCCAUCCACCUGUACCCACAUGUUCGUUUGGGCACAGCUGCGUUCAAUCCUUUCAUCCUCCAGUUUGUACUGAUUGCAGCGGUUGCCACGACCCAGGUGCAGCCCUCGCGCUUGGAUUUGUUCAACUUGAUGAGGUUCACCUGGGCCCGCUGCUCAGCCUAUCUAGAGCUGUCUGUACUCAUCCAUCCAUCCAGCUGGGACCCCUGGGUCGGGCCGGGGUCUCCGAGGGGCGGCGGCGGCGGCGGCAGCAGCGGCAGCAGCGUGCGGGGAGGAGCCGGGUGGCAGCGCCCCGCCCGAGGGGCGGCCCGAGCCGAGCCGGGGUGCGGAAAGCCGAGGACAAAAGGCAGCGGUGACGCGCUGAAAUUCGUCAUUUCGGGGCAGAGAGAGUGUGGGCAGCGGGGUGCCGGCCCCGUGCCAGCAGCCGUCCCUGCAUCCAGUGCUUCCGUGUCCCCCAAGGUCACCAACAGCCGGAGCCCAGCGAUAGAGCCGUGCCCCACAGCUCAGCCAUGAAGCUGAACGAGCGCAGUUUGGUGUUCUAUGCCACCUGCGACUCCCCGGCCGACAACGCUGGAUUCCUCUACAAGCGCGGCGAGCGGCACACGGCGUACCACCGCCGCUGGUUCGUGCUCAAGGGCAACAUGCUCUUCUACUUCGAGGAGCGUGAGAGCCGUGAGCCGGUGGGCGUCAUCGUGCUGGAGGGCUGCACCGUGGAGCUCUGCGACUCGGCUGAGGAAUUUGCCUUUGCCAUCCGCUUCAGCGGCACCAAAUCGCGCACCUACGUGCUGGCGGCCGACAGCCAGGCGGCCAUGGAGGCGUGGGUGAAGGCGCUGUCGAGAGCCAGCUUUGACUACAUGCGGCUGGUGGUGCGGGAGCUGGAGAAGCAGCUGGAGGAGAUGCGGUGGGGCUGCCGGCACGGCCCGGCCUGCUGCAAGGCACGGCCUUUGGGGAUGGAGCACUCCCUGCCGGCUCUGCCCACGGUUCCUCCAAAGGAGAACGGCUGCGCGGUGUGGAACAAUGUGCCCAGCAUGGACCAGCUGCAUGAUGGUUGUGAUGGUGACACCAACCCACGGCCACCUCCGCUGCCUCCGCGCCGGCGAGCAUCCAGCGGUGACACCGGGGUGGCUGAGAUCUCGACGUUCUGCCGGUUGCACGAGCGUUAUGGAAGGGAGGUGGCCCAGCUGCGGCAGGACUGGCAGCACCGGCAGUGCCAGCACCGGCCCUGAGAGGCCCUGCGGGCACAGAGUGUCCUCAGUACAAUCUCAGUCCCCUCUACAGGACUCACAGCUCCUGGGGAUCAAGCACUGAGCUGGGUGCGCUGAGACCUCCAGGUGCAAGGAUGCUGGGGGGAGUUUGGAUGGGUGUUGCACUGCCAGAGAGCUGGAACUGCCUUCACCUCCUCAAGGCCAGCUGAGCCCCAUGGCAUCCCUCUGCUCCAAGAGGAUGUGGUUUGUAGAACAAACACACUUCCCCAGCAGCACAGUGCCAAGCACAGCAGCCACCAUGGUCUCAUGUUUGUGUGCUGCUGGCACCCAGCAGGAUCCUGGUCCUCCAGUUCACCAUACGGUGGAGUUGCCUCCACCCAACCACAUCCUCCAGGGCUCCAGAACAGAUAUUUUUGGGGCUGGUGUCACCCCUGGGCUGGCUCACAAAGGGGAAGUGUCGCAGCAAUGAAAAGGAACGUGUGUGUCAGCAGCAGAGGGAGCAGAGUGAUUCAUGUGCACAAGCAGAGCGUUGCUGCUAUUGGAGUCUUGGGGUCUCGUGCAGACAUUUCUCUGGUUCGUAUCCAUUCUGCUGGCCCAAGCACUGUGUGAUAUCCCAGCUGGUGCAGUGACUGCUGUAGUCAGCCAUCACACCAGCUCUUACUUCACUAAAGUUGUUGAAUCCUUCCCCUCCAAAUCUUGGAGCAGGAGGAAUCCUGUGUUGGGCCAAGUGGCCGCAUCUCCAUUUGACUUCUCAGAACUGGCUCAAGCUCUUUUUCUACAAUAAAUAUUGCUUCAGGAAUUCC